AAAUAUGCGGGAACACUCGGGGUGAACCACAAGGAAAGUGAAGUCCACAAAGAGUAGUGCUAUACUCAAGUUCAUUCAGACUGCAUUUUGAUUCGAAAAAGGAAAAUAACUGAAAAUCUCUCGGCACGAUCCAAAUGAAAGCCAAAACGGUUAAAGGAAAUUGGAGCUUGAGGACGAAGAAAGUCGAGUUAUCUUGUGUUUUCCUAUGCAUCUUCUUCUUUCUCGCUGGAUAUUUUGGUUCUAGUUUCAUCGAUCACUCUCAGGAAGAUGAAUACGAUUUGAGGUUGAUGCAGAGAUCGAGAGGGAAAUUGCUGGAAAAAUCGAAGGAGGAAACGGAGCACCGUUUGUUGAAUGUCGGAGAGUCAGGUGACAAUUUCAUUACAUCGAUUCCUUAUCAGAUUUUGAGCUUGAAACCUCGAGCUCUAUAUUUUCCUAAUUUUGCAAGUGCAGAACAAUGUGAAACCAUAAUUGAGAUUGCAACAAAGAAAGGGCUGACACCGUCAGCAGUGAAUUUACCUCCGGGAGUACCGCAGGAGAGCACAAGGAGUAUCAGAUCAAGCUCUGGUGCUUUUUAUAGCGUUUUUGACGACAAAACGGGUGUUUUAGAUGCCAUUGAGGAAAAAAUUUCCAAAGCAACACAAAUUCCCAGGAAUCAUGGAGAGGACUUUAACAUCCUCCGCUAUAAGGUCGGACAAAAAUAUAAUUCUCACUAUGACGCAUUCAAUUACGGUAAGUUUGACCCACGAAAUAGUCAAAGGAUGGCUUCAUUUUUGUUGUAUUUAACCGAUGUUGAGGAAGGUGGGGAGACCAUGUUUCCAUUUGAGAAUGGGUUGAACAUGGACGGUAGCUAUGGUUAUGCAGAAUGUAUUGGUUUAAGAGUAAAGCCGCGCAAGGGAGACGGACUUCUAUUUUAUUCAUUGUUCCCAAACGGAACAGUUGAUCGGACAUCACUUCAUGGGAGCUGUCCUGUAAUUAAAGGGGAUAAGUGGGUAGCAACAAAGUGGCUAAGGAAUCAAGAACUAGAGGAUUAUUUGACUGGUACCAGCAAUUGAGAUUCAAAGGCUUACAGAGAUCAGUACUUAUGAUUUCAGUCGUACAGUUGAUUUUCGAAAGUCAGAUUAAUAAUCAAGUCUAAAAUCUAGUUAGACGUUGGGAUUGUAAAGCAGGACAUUAAUAAAUGAUAAAUGCAACAUGCAUAUUACUUCCUAAUUUGAUAGCUAAUCUCGAAUGUUUUUGGAUACA